AUGUCUAUGGCCAGGUCGUUUUUAGGCCUCGAGUCAGAAUCGGAGGAUGAAACUUGGAACCCCACUGAAGAGCAUGCAGAAGACAGUCAGGACGAUGACGACAUUGAGGAGACAGAUAAUCAAGCCUCUGACGAUACGUGGGAUGCUGAUGACCUCGAAGAACUUGAAGGCUCCAAUAAUGGUCCCGAAUUUGGGCAAGCGUCUGAUUACUACCCGCCAGUUGUCGAACCAGCCCAAGAUGGAGUCAACUUGGAACGCAGUGGGUCGUAUGGAAAACCGCCAGAGCACUACCUUGCGUCGAAAAAGCGUCUUAAAGACCAUUCAUCGAAUAGUUUUGAUAUUCUAACAGCCUCUGAAACUUCGCAUCGUGGGUUUAAUAAAGGCCAACUAGCAUCCAAUCACUUGCCAAAUUCUCCCGGUACUGAAGUGGCGGCUUAUCGAUCUAGAAUCUAUAGUGGACAAUAUUCAGAAGACGGCACUUUCUUUUACACAUGUACCCAAGCUUACAGAGUUUACAUUUAUGACAUGACCGUUCCACCGGUAACUUCUUCGAAGAUAUCGCACGACACCGGUUCGUCGUCUCAAGGCCGCAGGAGCAUGCAUCAUAUUGGAGGAAUCCGGGAUACGUCCACGCACAACUCGUCAUUGAAACUGAUUCGAACCUUCCAAGCGCCUUCUCAGAACUGCCAAUGGACCAUCACCGACGCAAGCCUUAGCCCGGACAACAACUGGCUUGCCUACAGCUCUAUCACGCCCUACGUUCAUCUUGUCAAGACUAGAGGUGAAGACGCAGUUCUAGGGCUAGGUCUGGAAGAGCAUGAGCAGGAGGUCUUGUGUCUCUCUGAUGAUACUCGGCCGGGUGGGUUGGGUCGUGGGAUGGGCAUUUGGAGCUUGAGGUUUGACUCUCAAGGACGACAAUUGGUUGCUGGCUGCACUCAAGGGCGCGUUAUUGCAUAUGACGUAGAAACUAGGGCAAUCUUGUCAAACAUAAAGGGGCAUUCCGAUGAUACUAACGCAGUGUGUUUUGCCGACAAAUCUGAUCCCAAUAUCUUAGUCUCAGGCUCCGAUGAUUCAUACAUCAAAGUGUGGGACCGACGCUCCUUAAAUAAUGCCAAGCCAGCUGGCGCCCUCCUCGGGCACACCGAAGGAAUCACAUAUGUCAGCUCUAAAGGGGACGGGCGAUUUAUAGUGAGCAAUGGAAAGGACCAAGCAGCUAAGCUGUGGGAUUUGAGGAAAAUGAUAUCCGGUGCCGAUUUUGAGAUGAUGAAAAAACCCAGGACGUUCAUUACCGGUUGGGACUAUCGUCAUGGAUCAUAUGCCCGGCCAAGAUUUUUACAACACCCUCAAGACUCUUCCAUAGUGACGUAUCGGGGACAUUCUGUGCUCAACACCCUCAUCCGAGUACACUUUUCGCCCCCUAAUACGACCGGGCAAAGAUACAUAGGUUCAGGCUCAGCGGAUGGGAACAUUCACAUUUGGAACCUGGACGGCACGACAGCUCAAAUAAUCCACCGCUCGAAAGCGGCCUCGCUAUUGAAGCCACAGACGUCGACAGAAGGGGCCGGAGUGGGCGGCAGUAGCAGUCAGUACAAUUUCAACGACCCUUAUCGACCGUCAGAAAGGGGCAGUGGACAAUCUUGGGCUGCCGGUACGGAUCUCUUUCGGCGUGGGUUUUAUGUCGAAGACGUCGAACCCACGGUCAGAGAUAUCAGCUGGAACCCUAAUGAACCCAGCAUCAUGUCUACCUCGUGGGGCAGUCGUAGUGGCGAUCCUGGGGCACUAUCAAUUCAUCCUUUCCUCCCUCAUGGCCGAGUGGGCGCAUGA